GGUAAAGCGGGUCGGUCUGGUAAUCGGACGGGUCGAGUCUCAUGCCCCGUUUUAUCUCCACUCCAUCUCGGCAUCUACUCCUCCUCCUCCUCCGCCCACGACACGACGGCUCUAAUCGAGCCGACAGAUGAUCUCCCGCCAGAUCGAAGCCCUCCUCGAGCGGCCAACGACCACGUCCGACCUCCUCCAGCUCCACGCUCUCCUCCUCAAGACCGGUCUCUGCCGCCACUCCUUCUCCGUCUCUCGCCUCAUCCACCGCGCAACCUCCAUUUCUCUGCCGCUCGCCCGGUCACUCUUCGAUGGCCUGCCCGCCGAUCCUUCUCCUCCUCCUCCGCCCUUCGCCUGGAACUGCCUCAUUCGGGCGCACGCAAACAGCUCCACCCCUGCUGAAUCAGUCAGGAUCUUCGCUCGAAUGCUGAGGGCUGGGCUCAAAGCUGACAGCUUUUCGUACCCCUUUGUUCUCAAAGCCUGCGGGCAGGGUUCUCUGAUAGGGGAGGGAAGAGGAGUUCAUUCGUUGAUUUUGAGGACUGGGUUUGAAUCGGAUAAGUUCGUUGGGAACACCCUUCUGGGCAUGUACGCUGCUUGUGGCGCAGUUGACCUUGCAAGGCAGGUGUUCGAUGAAAUGGCUGUAAGAGAUGUUGUGUCGUGGACCUCAUUGAUCGCUUCAUAUAUGGCAUGUGAUUCUCCGGUGGAUGCUUUUAAGGUAUUUCGGCUGAUGAAGCUCGCAGGAGAAAAGCCAAACAGUGCCACAUUGGUGAACCUGCUUUCUGCCUGCUCUCAGUCAGUCAAUAUCAAGGCUGGGAAGUCUGUUCACGCGCACGUGAUUGUGAGCUGCAUGGAGCUUGAUGCUGCUCUGGGAACAGCCCUUCUCGAGAUGUACUCAAAGUGCGGUGACAUAGAGAGAGCUUUACAAGUAUUCAGUUCACUCGGAGACAAGAAUUUGCAGUCUUGGACAGCCAUGAUCUCCGGGCUUGCGGAAAGUGGCUUUGGAAAAGAAGCAAUUUUAUUUUUUGCAGAGAUGGAGCAAAGUGGGUUGAAACCCGAUGGUGUGUCCUUCUUAGUGAUCCUUUCUGCUUGUAGCCACUCGGGUUUGGUCGAAGAAGGUCGACAGUAUUUCGACCAGAUGGAGAGAGUCUAUGGUAUCAAGCCAUCAGUCGAACACUAUGGUUGCAUGGUGGAUCUGCUCGGACGGGCUGGCUUGAUUGAAGAAGCUUACGAGAUGAUCAAGAAAAUGCCUAUGGAGCCGAACUCCAUUAUAUUGCGGAGCUUCAUAGGUGCUUCCACAAUCCAUGGCCUGGCUGUUCCUUCAGACGAUACUUUAAGAAAACUUAUGCUUGAAUUAGAGCCUGAACUUGGAGCCAACUAUGUCCUCGCUGCAAACUGGUCUUCUUCAUCUUGUAAUUGGGAUGAUGCUGCCAAGUUGAAGUCCACCAUGAAAGAGAGGGGUGUAAGGAAAACCGUGGGGUCCAGUUGGGUGGAGGUGAAUGGUGACGAUUAUGCAGAAGGUGCAGUCGGUUAAAACCUUGAACUGGUCAGGGGUUUGAUAUCAUAAUUUUCUGGAUUAUGCUCCGGCUGAUGGAUCACUCGUAAAGCAACUCGAACAGAA